CAUACCACAUUAUCACAGCUCGUAACAUAAAACUUCGGUUGACUCGCACUUUGAUCAUGGAGACAUAUGAUCAAACUUACAGUGUAGCCUACAUAUUUACUGCAGUAGUUUGCAUCAAGGAAACCGAAGCAAUGCCCCUUGCUAACACACUAUUCCAUUCGUCCCAUAAAAAAUCAACCUAGUAAAGUGGCACAUUCUAGUACAACAAAAAGACAUACGUCUGUUUAGAUUUGUUAUACUGGAAUAUGUCACAUCUAGUCCUAGAUUCUUUUUUUUUAAGAACGGAGGGAGUACACUACUACUCCUAUGCUGAUGUGUGUUGGUACUAGAAUGCUGGUUUUAAAGUGGAGAUUAGUGGCUCAUUAGCAUCGUUUGAAUGGUGGUUGUUUAGCCGAGGGAAUUGGUGGUGAGGUUAAAUAGUAUUGAGCCUGAGCUUCCCAGCUCACUGCCUUGUCUGCAUCUGGCUGACCUCCAUGUUUGCGCAGAGCAUCUGUCUCCCAUUUUGUUCGGGUGUUUGGCUUGGCCUCCCCUCCUCUUAAAUUCACACACGCCCCACCUCGUCACUCGUCUCGUCUCGCACAGUCGCAGCUGCUGCGGCUGUUUGCCCAUCAAUCAAGAAAUGGCGAACAAGGCUGUCACCAUUGGCGAUCUGAUCCACCGCGUCGCCACCUCCUGCCUCUCCAACCGCCUCCCCGGCAGCUACGCGGUCAGCGACUCCGGCGACACCGACUUCGACGACGACGACGACGACGACCCCUUCGCUGACGCCAUCUCGGGGGCCGGUGGCGAGCGGCGGCGCACUCCCUCUUCUUCCGAGGAGGCGGAGGCGGAGGCGGAGGCUGAUGAUGAGGGGGAGGAUGGUGGUGAGGGUGGGGAGGAGGAGGAUGAGGAGAAUCUGAAGAUCUGGGAGGAGAAGAGGAAGGUGAAGGCGGCGGCGGCGGUGGCGGCGAGUGGGGCUGAGCGGGCGAGGGAGGCGGAGACGCUCAUGGCGGAGGUGUUCGACGCGGUCUCCGGCGUGCGCCGCGCGUACUCUGACCUCCAGGGGGCACACUGCCCCUGGGACCCCGACAAGAUGCGGAGCGCCGACGCCGCCGUCGUCGCCAAGCUCCGCCACCUCGCGCGGCUCCGCGACCGCUUCCGCCGCUCCGUCGCCACGGGGGGGCACAUCCCCGGCCCCAUCCCCACCGCGCCGCCGCUCCGCGAGGCCGUCGCGCCGUACGAGGCCGCGCUCGACGACCUCCGCCGCCAGCUCCAAGCCAAGCAGGCCGAGGUCGAUGGCCUCAAGGAGAAGCUCGCCGUCGCGAGCAACCGCCGCAACUCACGCCACCACCCCUCCAAGCACAAUGCCUCCGGCGGCGGCGGCGGCGCCCCGACCGCGGAGCUGUUCGCCGCCUGCGCCGAGCAGGCCCGCGCCGCGAUCCGGGCGUUCGCGGGGCACCUCCUCCAGCUGAUGCGCGCGGCGGGGCUUGACCUCGCGGCGGCGACCCGGUCCCUCACCAAGAUCCCGGUGUCCUCGCCGCAGCUGGCCAAGCACGCGCUCGAGGCGCACGUCACCCGCGUCCUCCUCGUCGGCUUCGAGCACGAAUCCUUCUACCUCGACGGCUCCCUCUCCUCGCUGCUCGACCCCGCCGCGUUCCGGCGGGAGCGGUACACGCAGUUCCGCGACAUGCGGGGCAUGGAGCCCGCCGAGCUCCUGGGCCUCCUCCCGACCUGCCCCUUCGGCCGCUACGCCGCGAGCAAGUUCGCGGCGCUCCUCCCGCCGCGCGUGGAGCAGGCCGUCCUCGGCGACGGCGAGCACCGGAGGGCGGUGGAGGGCGGCGCGCACCCGCGGACGCCAUUCUACGGGGAGUUCCUGCGCGCCGCGAAGGCGGUGUGGAUGCUGCACCUGCUGGCGUUCGCGCUCGAGACGCCGCCCAGCCACUUCGAGGCCGGCCGCGGCGCCGAGUUCCACCCGGAUUACAUGGAGAGCGUCGCCGGCGGGCGCGGCGGCGGCGCCGCCGGCAUGGUCGUCGGGUUCGCCGUGGCGCCCGGCUUCCGGCUGGGCAAUGGCGCCGUGGUGCGAGCCCGGGUCUACCUCGUGCCGCGCGGUGGCCGACCGUGACAGGAUACGCAAUGCACGGAUCGCCUCUUCCUUAGCUGGAGUAGUUGAUUGGUGGAAGCAAGUGUUGUAGUAGUAGCUGCUUAAUUACAUGUGUAAUAGACUUGGAUUACUCCAGAAAUGAAGGAUGAACCAUUUAGUCUACUUACUGUUCUAUUUAGCAUUUUAGCAACCUCUUAUCUGAAGUAAUCCAUGGGUAAGAGAAUUGGGUGUAUGAUCAUGUUGUACUAUUACUAUUAUUUAGUCAAAGUAGGGGUUGGUACUGGAGUAUUAGCUGGGUCAUGUGUACUAUCAGUAUGAUCAUCGCAAGAUGUGGGCUUGAGUAUGAUGGAUAAUUAAGAAGGCACUCUAUCAUUCAGAAGA